AGAGAGAAAGAUAGUCAGCAGAGAGUGUCAACGGGAAAGCAGAAGAACGGUUUGGGUGCGAGAAGGGGAGCAGGCAACGUGUUUCGGUUUCGGUUUCGGUUUCGUUUGGCUCUGGCUCUGCCGCCACCUCUGCUACACGGGCACGGGCCUAAAAAAUAUACAAAAACGUUUUCUUUUGUUGAUUUUUUUAUAGUUUGCAAAAAGUUUCAUUGCGAUCAAAGUGUUAUAUUUCUAUCUAGUGAAAAAUAGAAAAAGAAGGAAAUAGAAACAGAGAGAGUGAGAGUGAGAGCGCGAAAGAGAGUGUGAUAAAAAUGCAACAAAUUCAUUAGCCUCCAAGCGGCAAUCAGGUGUCAGUGCCAGAGAGAUAAAGAGAGAGACGAACGAGAGAGCAAGCAAUCGCAAGAGAGCUCUCCUCGAUCAAUGCUGUUCAAACAGUAAGCGCCAAAAGCUGCUUACAAUGCUUCUCAAACCCGCAUAUGCGAGUGCAAAGCAAACAAAAAAGGAAAAACGGAAAAACAAAACCAGAAACUAAUUAAAUACUUUGUUGCCAUUUGGUUGGACCUCUAGCUCUAUGCUGAAUGUUUUGGCUAAAACGGAUUACAUAACCAGUAAACGGAAAAGCGGAAGGCAGGAAGCCAGGAAGGCAGUGCGGCACGCGUGGCACGUUGCAGGUUGCACGUUGCACGGUGGAGCUGCAGGUGGAGGAAAUCCCUAAGAAUUAGUUCAAUUACCCCAACAAUUCCACUCGCUUCGGGGGCAUGGACUGCAGCUGGAGACUAUGUGAUCCGAUCUUCUACAAUAAAUGCAAUUGUAAAUAAACCCAAAAGCCAUAAAAUACCACAAUAAGAACCAAUCGAAGACACCGAUACACACAGGAAGUGCGACCGAUCGCAGCAAUCGAAAUACAAUCGAUAACAUGCCCCAGACGUAAGCCCCCCGAGAAGAACAAACAACCAGAGAUCGGAUAUAGGUUAUAGGACAGAUAUAGCAAGAUCGCGUAGGUCGCUGAGAUCGCAGAGAUAUAUGCGUGGCCCCCGCAGCUGGCAUAGGCAAAGGCAAAGGCAAAGCCCCCCCUCCGCUGCUGUGAGCUGUGAGUAAAUAUGACCAAGAAGUACGAGUUCGAUUGGAUCAUCCCGGUGCCGCCGGAGUUGACCACUGGCUGUGUCUUCGACCGUUGGUUCGAGAACGAGAAGGAGACCAAGGAGAAUGACUUUGAGCGAGAUGCCCUCUUCAAGGUCGAUGAAUAUGGGUUCUUUUUGUACUGGAAGAGCGAGGGUCGGGAUGGCGAUGUCAUCGAGCUGUGCCAAGUGAGCGACAUUCGUGCGGGCGGCACUCCCAGGGAUCCCAAGAUACUGGAUAAGGUGACCAAAAAGAAUGGAACCAACAUACCGGAGCUGGACAAGCGAUCUCUCACUAUUUGCUCGAACACGGAUUAUAUCAAUAUAACAUAUCACCAUGUUAUCUGCCCCGAUGCGGCAACGGCCAAGAUCUGGCUAGAUGGCAUCCGAAAAAUCACCCACAAUGUCAAAGCGAACAAUAUCUGUCCCAUGAUGUGUCUGAGAAAACAUUGGAUGAGACUAAGUUAUUGCGUGGAGAAGAGCGGCAAGAUACCGGUUAAGACGCUGGCCAAGACCUUCGCCUCGGGCAAGACCGAGAAGCUGGUCUACACGUGCAUCAAGGAUGCGGGUCUGCCAGACGACAAAAAUGCCACCAUGACCAUGGAUCAGUUCACUUUCGAUAAGUUCUAUGCCCUCUACCACAAGGUCUGUCCCCGUAACGACAUCGAGGAGCUCUUCACGUCGAUUACCAAGGGUAAACAGGACUUUAUCAGCCUCGAGCAGUUUAUACAGUUCAUGAACGAGAAACAGAGGGAUCCGCGCAUGAACGAGAUCCUCUUUCCGCUCUACGAGGAGAAGCGCUGCACGGAGAUCGUAAACGACUAUGAGCUGGACGAAGAGAAGAAGAAAAGCGUUCAACUAUCCUUGGACGGAUUCAAGCGCUAUCUGAUGUCCGAUGAGAACGCACCCGUGUUUCUGGAUCGCCUGGACUUCUACAUGGAGAUGGACCAGCCACUGGCCCACUACUACAUCAAUAGCUCGCAUAACACCUACUUGUCCGGCCGACAGAUCGGCGGCAAGAGCUCCGUGGAGAUGUACCGCCAGACACUGCUUGCCGGCUGUCGGUGUGUGGAGCUCGACUGCUGGAACGGCAAGGGGGAGGACGAGGAACCGAUUGUCACCCACGGUCACGCCUACUGCACGGAAAUCCUCUUCAAGGACUGCAUCCAGGCCAUCGCGGACUGUGCCUUCGUCUCGUCCGAGUAUCCGGUGAUCCUGUCCUUCGAGAACCAUUGCAACCGGGCCCAGCAAUACAAGCUGGCCAAAUACUGUGAUGACUUCUUCGGGGAGCUGCUCCUGAAAGAACCGCUCGCAGAUCAUCCCCUGGAUCCGGGCCUGCCCCUGCCGCCGCCGUGCAAGCUGAAGAAAAAGAUACUCAUCAAGAACAAGCGCAUGAAGCCCGACGUGGAGAAGGUUGAGCUGGAGCUCUGGCUGAAGGGCGAGCUGAAGACCGAUGACGAUCCCGAGGAGGACGCCAGUGCCGGGAAGCCGCCGGAGGCUGCGGCCGCUCCCGCACCAGUUCCCGAAGCCGCAGCCGCUGCCGAUGGUGCUGCCGAAGGGGGUGGCGGUGCCGAGGCGGAGGCAGCGGCGGCCAACUACAGUGGCUCCACUACCAAUGUACAUCCCUGGCUUUCAUCGAUGGUCAAUUACGCGCAGCCCAUUAAGUUCCAGGGCUUCGAUAAGGCAAUUGAGAAGAACAUUGCCCACAACAUGUCCUCGUUUGCGGAAUCGGCGGGCAUGAACUACCUGAAGCAGAGCUCCAUUGAUUUCGUCAAUUACAACAAGCGCCAGAUGUCGCGCAUCUACCCGAAGGGCACCAGGGCGGACUCCUCGAACUACAUGCCGCAGGUGUUCUGGAACGCCGGCUGCCAGAUGGUGUCGCUGAAUUUCCAGACCUCCGAUCUGCCCAUGCAGCUGAACCAGGGCAAGUUCGAGUACAAUGGCGGAUGCGGAUACCUGCUGAAGCCGGACUUUAUGCGGCGCGCGGACAAGGAUUUCGAUCCAUUCGCCGACGCACCCGUGGACGGUGUUAUCGCUGCCAUGUGCUCGGUGAAGGUAAUCGCCGGACAGUUCUUGUCGGACAAGAAGGUGGGCACCUACGUGGAGGUGGACAUGUUUGGCCUGCCCUCGGACACCGUGAAGAAGGAGUUCCGCACCCGUCUGGUGCCCAACAACGGAUUGAAUCCGGUCUACAACGAGGACCCGUUCGUGUUCCGCAAGGUGGUCCUGCCGGAUCUGGCCGUGCUGCGGUUCGGCGUCUAUGAGGAGAGCGGCAAGAUGAUCGGUCAGCGAAUCCUCCCGCUGGACGGACUCCAGCCGGGAUACCGCCAUGUGUCGCUGCGCACAGAGGCCAACUUCCCGAUGUCGCUUCCCAUGCUGUUUGUGAACAUCGAAUUGAAGAUUUACGUACCUGAUGGCUUUGAGGACUUCAUGGCCAUGCUGUCGGAUCCGCGCGGAUUUGCCGGCGCUGCCAAGCAGCAGAACGAGCAGAUGAAGGCACUGGGCAUCGAGGAGCAGAGCGGCGGGGCCGCCCGGGAUGCCGGCAAGGCCAAGGAGGAGGAGAAGAAGGAGCCGCCGCUGGUCUUCGAGCCGGUCACGCUGGAGUCGUUGCGCCAAGAGAAGGGCUUCCAGAAGGUGGGCAAGAAACAGAUCAAGGAGCUGGACACGCUGCGCAAGAAGCACGCCAAGGAGCGCACCUCCGUCCAGAAGACCCAGAACGCGGCCAUCGACAAGCUGAUCAAGGGCAAGAGCAAAGACGACAUCCGCAACGAUGCAAACAUCAAGAACGCCAUCAACGACCAGACCAAGCAGUGGACCGACAUGAUCGCCCGCCACCGCAAAGAGGAGUGGGACAUGCUGCGCCAGCAUGUGCAGGACUCGCAGGAUGCCAUGAAAGCGCUCAUGCUGACCGUGCAGGCUGCUCAAAUCAAACAACUGGAGGAUCGUCAUGCCAGGGAUCUGAAGGAACUGAAUGCCAAGCAGGCCAAGACCUCGGCGGAUACCGCCAAGGAGGUACAGAACGACAAGACUCUCAAGACCAAGAACGAGAAGGAUCGUCGGCUGCGCGAGAAGCGUCAGAACAAUGUCAAGCGAUUCAUGGAGGAGAAGAAGCAAAUCGGCGUGAAGCAGGGACGCGCCAUGGAGAAGUUGAAGCUGGCGCAUUCGAAACAGGUCGAGGAAUUUAGUACCGAUGUGCAAAAGCUAAUGGAUAUGUACAAAAUCGAGGAGGAGGCCUAUAAGACGCAAGGAAAAACGGAAUUUUAUGCCUAAGUAGUGGCCUGGGUCACAGUCACAGGUCUCAGGUCACUGGGCAGGAGGAGAGCACCGACAUAUACAUACCAAAAAAAUACAACAAAAUAUAUAUAUGAUUACGUUUGCAUCGGCAUCUGAUGAAUGGAUGUCGGUGGAUGGUUGAAUCAUUGCUGAAGAUUAAGAUGGAAGAUGGAAGACGAAGCAUACAUACAUACAUAUAUACUUAUUUAUAUAAUGUAUUUACACACACACACAUAUACACACUUACACUAACACUAACACUCACACACACACACAGAGGAAAACAGGAACACACAGACACAUGCAUCUUGAAACGAUUAAUCUAACUUAUAUAUAUACAUAUAUUUAUAUACUAUAUGUAGUAUAUGCAUAUGCCUUUAAGCAUAUACUAUAUACUUGUCAACUAGAAUUCAAACUGGAAAGUCGAACACUUUGUGCUUUAUAUUUAUUUAAGAUCUUUAUGAAGAUGAAAAUGAAAUGGAAUAUGAUCAUCAGAUCAUCAGAUGAUGAUGAUAAUGGAGACGAUGAUAAAGGAUUACAUAUUAUAUGUAUUUUACUUAGGGGCAGUGGGGGGCCAGCCUGAAACAGCAAAUGGGGCUCCGGCUCCCCUCUCGAAUUCAAUGUAAUUUAAUUUAUUUUUUUUUUAAAUAACCAACGAAACCAAAAAAAUACAAAAAAAAAACAAACAAAAACUUGAUAGGUAUUUUUGUGCUAGCCACACAAUAACGGUACACCGAUAAGUUUAGACACAAUCCACAAACCACACACAGAUAGUGCCAGGGAAUAGCCAUGAGGAAUCAUGAUUUCUGAUGACUAUGGAAUGCACUGUAUACACACGACACGUACACAUACAAAUAUUCAUCUAAAAACAAAAACAACAAGAACAACAAAGAUUCCAUUCCCCAAUGAACCCAGCCAGAAUCCCUAAACCAACCCAGCCCAACAAUCGUACGUUUCAAGAGAACUACUUACAUGAGUUUCCGAUUCUCCACCUAAUAGCUUAGCAAAAUAAUUAACCAGUAAGCCAGUAACCAGUAACCAGUGUAAAACCAGUAAACCCCUCUCCCCCUUAAAAAACCAACCUACCCAGUAACCACAGAGUAAAUCGGUAAAUCAGUAAAGGCCCCACAAAGAAGUGAGGCGCAAGGAAAAAAGAAAGAAAUGAAGAUUCUAUAGAAAUACGAGUUCAGGAGAUACUGUUCUAGGACAGUGAAGCAGUGUUUUUUUUUUGUUUUUGUCGUGCAGUGUAUGAGGGAAAGGUAAAUCUAAAGCAUUUAUUUUCAACAAAGAGAUAUAGCAGAGGUGCAGACAAUUGCUAUUUUUCGAAACGAAAAGAAAGAGUAAAAGAAGAAUCUUUCUCCUUCAGCACGUCAUAGUCGUCUCGAACUCGGAACUCGAACUCUGGAUUGAAAAAUAGUUGGUUAAGUAAAUGUUAUAAAAACCUAAGUACUACAUAUGUACAUACAUAUGAAACAAACAAAAAUAUGUAUGUAAUUCAAACAAUGAAACACCCCUACCGGAUGAUAUACUAUAUAUACACACACACACACACACAAUCUAUAUAUACAUAUAUAUGUAUUAGGGCUGAAGAAAACUAGAAACUUGUUGAACUUUACAUCAAAUGUAAACUAUUUUGUUGUUGAUUUUUUUUUCGCUCUUUUUUGAAUUCCCUUUAGAUUUGAUUUCUGUUUCUCUAAACAAAGAAGAACUUUAAGAAGAAAAGUAGCCAAAACAUAUAGAUACAUACACACACCACACCAUAUACACACACACAAAAACACACAUAUAUAUAUAUACAUAGAUACAUAUAUAGAUGAUAUACACUAUAUAUAGAAAAUAAAUACGAAAACUAAUAGAAACAAACUACGAAGAAAAACCAGUAAGGGACGAAAAUUGCGUUGGUCAGACCGUUUAUGUUGCACCCGAAUUUUGCAGUUUGCAUGUGUAUUGUAGUUGUUGCAAAGAUACAAAAAAAAAAAUAUAAAAUACUACCACAAGAAAAUACA